AUGUCGAAGUUCGGCGUCCUAGCAAUGGGGCCUGCCGGCGCCGGCAAAACCACCUUCUGCACCGCCCUCAUCCAACACCUCCAGCACACGCACCGCUCCUGCUUCUACGUCAACCUCGACCCCGCCGCAACCUCAUUCGCUUACACGCCCGACCUCGACAUCCGCGAUCUGAUCUCCCUCGAAGACGUUAUGGACGAGAUGUCGCUCGGCCCCAACGGCGGCCUGAUCUUCUGCUUCGAGUUCCUCCUGCAGAACCUCGAUUUCCUCGCUACGCCCAUCGAGUCUCUCACUGAAGAGUUUCUGAUCAUAUUCGAUCUGCCGGGCCAGAUCGAGCUGUACACACAUAUCCCGCUCUUGCCGGAGCUGAUAAGAUACCUGAGUCGAAUGGGACCGCUGAAUAUCAAUCUGUGUGCCGCGUACCUGCUGGAGGCAACCAUGAGCGCCAUGGUCAAUAUGGAACUCCCACACAUCAACAUCCUCUCCAAGAUGGACCUGGUUCAAAGCCAAGUCAGCAGGAAAGAGCUGCGGCGCUUCACGGACCCAGACGCACGGUUGCUCGAAGACGAAGACACCGGCCGGAAUGCGCUGAGUGGGAAAGUAGAUGUCAACGUCCGUAAUCCAGCUGAGGUGGACAACGUGAUGAGCGGAGGAAGUUUUAAAGCGCUGAAUCGGGCUGUAGCGAGGCUGAUAGACGAUUUCUCGAUGGUCAGCUUCCUGCAGCUGGACGUGAACGAUGAGGAUAGCGUGGGCGGCAUACUGUCGUACAUCGAUGAUGCGAUCCAGUACCACGAGGCGCAGGAACCAAAGGAGCCGAAGGAGUUUGAACGAGAUUUCGAUCCUGACGAAUGA